AUGACCGUGAGCAACACAUCUAGUCUUUCACCCUCCAAGUUUGUAGCAUCAGAGGGAUUCGACUGUUGGCUGCUAGCGACUGGGGUGCACAGGGCCGAAAUUGUGCCGAAACAGCUACAGGCUUGGAACGUGCGGAUCCCAGUAUUGGAACAAGCUUUCCUACAGUAUAGUCUUAUUGACAGCGUGGAGAAGAUGAAGAAACCAACCGAGACUGCUUUUCUUCCCCUCGGCCUUCUGGACUGGGCUUGCGACGAGCAGAACCAGUGCCUAGAGUUCGCAUCUUAUAUUGACGCUGUUAAAGCGCUUCCCGCUAGCGUGUGGAAGGAAAGGAACGCAAAAGAUGUCGAUCCCGCAGAAAUCGCGAGGCACGCCCGAGAGCUCGCUGGGAUUUAUGGCGAUUUGAAAGAGGCACUCCAAGAUGAAGACAUAUCUGCACCGGCUACCGAGGCGGAAUACCGUCGACCCAUUGACGAUAUGUUGAAAUUGUGCUGCACCCUUCCGGAGGGUCCUGAUGUACCUGCCACUCGCCUCAGAUGCGGGAACACGCUCCGAACUUGCAAAGUGAAGGAUCCUGUGAAGCUCUCCCGGGGUGAUAGGACCCGCAAACUGCAGAUACCGACAGCCACCGAAAAGUCCGAUUCUGCACUCAUUUACCGUCCUAGUGCCAGUUGGGCAUACAAAUUCAACAUGGCUACCAUGACCAUUGCUGAAUCCGCCGAGUUCCGAUACCACGACAUGCCAAGUAAACCCCUAAGACUGAUUGUCUUCCCCGUCGAACAUAAGCGCAUCCCUUUCGUGGCCAACAUCAAUCAGUUGACAAUACCAAUGUCCACGUCCCAGCGACAACGAAAAGCGUUAGAUCUCCAAGAUCGUGUACAAUUCGGCAUGGCCACCGAAGGUGUUGCUGGAGCGUGCCUCUAUGGGUCUGUCUUCUCUGAUCAGUUUGACGAUAUCCUUCGUAUCGAGCCGGUUUUUCUCUGGGAUCUCCAGGAUGUGGCCCAUUUCCUCGCGUGUUUUGGCUUCCUCCGUCUUUAUUGCAAAGCGGCACAUUCGUUGUGCACCAAAGACCUGAAUGAUGCCCUUCAGCGCAAUCCUUCACAAUAUAAGCUCCCUGAGAACAAGCAUUGGAGGGCGCAGGAUCUUCCUUCCCUGGUAAUCUCCGGUGACGCAGCGAGCGGGGGCCAGAAGAGGCCACAAACGAGGAGCGGACGAGGCUCCCCUUCGAAGAAGCCGCGUACUGCCGAUACAGCGGUAGAAGAGAUCCCUAUCAUGUACAUCGAUCCGGCAGAGAUGGCGAUCUCCGCUGCGUUGGAGGCUGGAUAUGAAGUACUCAAUUCCGAAGAACGUGAAGAAUAUUGGCGACAGGUGGAGGAGUGGUAG